AUGGCCAAGAAAGUACUUGCUCGGAAGAGACAUCCUGGUGGCCUGGAAGCUCCUCGAAAUAGUCUAGAUCUGCAAGUACAAACACCUCAGAACUACUGUCCAGAAGGAGAAUUACCAUGCAAUUAUCAGGUAGAAGAAGAAGAGGGCAGGCAUGAGAAGAAUCGUUAUUCAAAUGUGGGUUCAAUGAAAAAACUGAUUAAUGAGGAGUUGUCCAAACAAUCAAGCACCAGGCAAAAUGCGCCAAGCCUUGUGGCAAGGUUGAUGGGGAUAGAUACGAUGCCAUUAGACACUAAAUAUGUUGGCCCAUCAGAUAAAAGAAUAAGUGAAAACUUGGGGAAGAAGUCUUCAGAGAAAGGAGUGAGUCGAAGGGGUUCAGUUAGUUGGGGUUCUUCCAGCUUCAAUUCUUCGACCAAUAUGGAUUUUGAGUCUUGCUAUGAAGACAUAGAUGUUGAUGAUGAUGAUGAUGGAUGGAACAAGAGUUUUGGAGAACCGAGGCCGCGGGGUCAUCCUCAGGAGGAGGAACUCCAGAAGUUCAAGAAAGAGUUUGAGGCAUAUCAAGCAGCAAGGUUUCUGGAGUGUUCAAAGGUUGCUGAAAUUGGAAGUGUUCCAAGACGAUUGCUUGCUCAAGAAAACCUGAACAAGGAAAAGGUGAUGCAUAAUGAUUUGGUUUUACAAAGAACGACAGCAGGGAAACUUGCAGAUCGUGAAAGCCACUCAUUCAAAACACCACCACCUGAAAGUUCAGAAUAUGAAGGUAACAUGAUGGAGUUAGUCCCAGCAAGGAAAACCUUUCCUCCAAGGAGCAGAACACUAAGUAGAGAUUUUGAAGAGUCCUUAAUGAUGAAAUAUUGCAACAGAUUAGAUACAUCUUCUCCCACUAGGAUAGUUAUCUUGAAGCCUGGUCCUGAUAGCAUUUGCAACCAUGAAGAGGAUUGGACCAUUUCAACAAGAACUAUACAAGGGAGAAAUAGUAUAGAAGAUUUUCUUGAAGAGGUGAAAGAGCGUUUGAGAUGUGAACUACAAGGGAAAACUGUCAAAAAGGGUUCUGUGGUUCGAGGGAGUGGUAUUAAAACACCUUAUAAUGAAAACUCAUCUGAUCCUAAACUAAUAGCCCGACAUAUAGUAAAGCAAGUCAGAGAAAGCGCGACUAGAGAGGCUGACGCAAAUUUACUCUCCUCAGAAUCAACAGGGUCAUUCAAAAGCGAAUUGCAGUUCAAUGGACCAACUUCCCCAGAAAUUAUCAGCAGAGAUACCCGGAAGUUCUUGUCAGAUAGGCUAAGAAAUGUUGUGGGAAGUGAAGCAUAUGCUGACGUUCCUGAGGGAAAACUAAGGUUACUUGCAUUAGAUAGACAUAAAGCUGGAGUAAAGCAAGCGCGAGAUAAUAUGAAGUAUGCAAAUAACUGGGAAAUUUCCAAAGAGGACACAGAAAUUCAAACAGGUUCUUUCAGGCAUGAACUGGAUGAGAAUAUAUUUCUCCACAAGGAGUUGUCCCCCAGGAAUCUUGUAAGAUCCUUGUCUGCUCCUGUAUCACGAUCAGGAACAUCAUUUGGGAAGCUUCUUCUGGAGGACCGCCACAUUUUAACUGGUGCUCAGAUUCGGAGGAAGCUUGAAGCUGUUGAAACUCUGUCUGUUGAUGUGAAGAAACGGAAAAAGGAUAGAUUUAAUAUUAAAGAAAGAGUCUCCAAUUUUAGGUAUAAUCUUGCUUUCAGAGGGAGGCUUUUUGGCAGAAGGGUUCAAUCAAUGGUGGAAUCACAUGGUAAUGAAUAUGGUCCCAUGGUGAGAGAUGUCACAAGUGGACCAACAGUUCUUAUGAACUGUGGUCAGCGGCAUGAGAACUCCACUGAGGUACCUCCUAGUCCUGCAUCUGUGUGCAGCAGCGUCCAUGAAGACUUUUGGAGGCGGACUGAAUAUUUAAGUCCAACAUCAACUCCUGAUGUGUCUUCAAGAGAUGAUAAUGUUGUGCCCCAGGUUUUCAGGGAUAUCAGCUCGGGUUUGAAUGAACUAAGGAGGCAACUCAAUCAACUUGAAUCUGAUGGUCCUGAGGACUUCACUAUGAAACAGGAGCCAGCCGAGUCUGACUUAGACCAAUUAGAGGAUCCAGCAGAAUCUUACAUACGAGAUCUACUUGUUGCUUCCGGUCUGUACUUUGGUUCAUGGGAUAAGUCUUUAUUAAGAGGGGACACAUUUGCAAAGCCUAUUGGCCACUCAGUUUAUGAAGAAGUGGAAGAAUCUCACAAGAAAUCUGUCAAGGAAAAUGAGGAAAGCUGUAUCAAGGAUCAGAAUGAGAAUAAGCUAGACCACAAAGUUUUGCUUGAUUUGUUAAAUGAGGCACUUUCAGUUGUUCUUGGACCUCCUUUGAUGUUGUCGAGAUUCAGAAGGAAAUCAAGUAACUCUUCCAUGUUGCCACCAUCUGGAAAGGAACUAUUGAACUUAGUGUGGGACAUCAUCCGUGUUUCUAUAUAUCCUCCAUCUGACAUAUCUACUUAUUCACUUGAUACUUUGGUGGCUCAACACCUAGGAUCCAUCCCUUGGUCUGAAUUAAUAAAUGAUGAGAUCAAUAUUUUGGACAGAGAUAUAGAAUGUCUAAUAACUGAUGACCUGGUUGGAGAACUCACAAAGGAUAUAUGCUCUAAGAAGAAGUGA